CGUCGAGAAGUUGCAAAGACAGUUUUCUGUUUAGUAGUGAUUUUUGCUCUUUGCUGGUUCCCUCUCCAUUUGAGCCGAAUUUUGAAGAAAAUGGUAUACAAUGAAAGAGACCCCAGCAGAUGUGAACUGCUCAGUUUCUUGCUGCCAUUGGAUUAUAUCAGCAUCAACCUGGCAACCAUGAACUCUUGUAUAAACCCAAUAGCCUUGUAUUUUGUGAGCAAGAAGUUUAAAAACUGUUUCCAGUCAUGUCUUUGCUGUUGCUGCUCCCAAUCAAAGAGUCUAGUGACUUCAGUGCCCAUGAAUGGAACAAGCAUUCAGUGGAAAAACCAAGAACUAAACAACCACAAUACAGAUCGAAGCAGCCAUAAAGACAGCAUAAACUGAAAAUUAAGGACUCUGAUACCACUUCAGAAUCAAACAGGAAAAAAAGUCACCACAAAGCUAUUUCGACAGGAAGCCCAGUGACUGUUCCAUAAUCAAUUCAGACACGUGCACCCUUGUACCUAAUUCCGAAGGUGACUGAGAAGAUUGACUGACUAUAACUGUG